CUCUCUCUCCAUCGGAACGUAGCUGCACAGGUAGAACAUCUGUUGCGAUGCGACGGCGCACGGAGUUUUGUAAUUAUCUGAUAGUUUUGAUGUGAUCUGAAUGAUAAUCGUGCAUCUGCGGCUCCUGCAGUUGUCGAGGGAAAAUGGCACGGGUAUAUGUCGGUAACCUGGAUUCUCGUGUUACAGAACGAGAUCUUGAGGAUGAGUUUCGAGCAUUUGGAAUUAUAAGAAGUGUAUGGGUUGCACGAAGACCACCGGGAUAUGCUUUUAUUGAUUUUGAUGACCAUAGGGAUGCACAGGAUGCAAUCCGUGAUCUAGAUGGUAAAAAUGGCUGGAGAGUUGAGCUCUCUCAUAACUCUAGCGGUGGACGUGGUGGUGGACGUGGUGGUCGAUCUGGCGGUUCUGAUUUGAAGUGCUAUGAAUGUGGUGAGCCUGGUCACUUUGCUCGGGAGUGUCGCCAGCGUGUGGGUUCACGCAGACGUCGAAGUCGCAGUCGCAGUCGCAGUCCAAGAUACCGCAGGAGCCCAAGCUAUGGCCGAAGGAGCGAUAGCCCACGUGGUCGAUCUCCAAGACGUCGCAGUUUGUCUCCUCGUGGUCGCAGCUAUAGCAGGUCACCCCCGUACCGCGCCCGUGAAGAAGUUCCAUUUGCUAAUGGCAAUGGUCGUGAUCGUCGCCGAAGCAGGAGCUGAAUGGUGCAAGCUAAAAAAUGUGGUUUUGUCUGGAUCGUAUCGGGAUUAAGUGUGUUUAGUAGUUUGGACUUGGUACAACUUUGUUUUAGUCGGGCCUCGCCCUCAGCCUCACCUCUUGGAUUUGGAUAAGUUCUCAUUACUGAGUAUGUUAUCCUGUCUUUUACUUUGUCAGAAUUAUUAUGGUUAUGUUGCAGGUAAAGGAUCUUAAGAUAUUUGCUGGUAGAUAGUUCUUCUUAGUUAGCUUCUCUGGGUAUUGCUAAAUCUCCAUACCUUUUGCUUUGUGUCGAGGUAUCUUCUGGGUUUGCUUCGUUGGUUUUAUGCUCCUGCACUUCCACGGGAUUUCGAUCUUCACUGCGCUUUGUGCUUCUGCACUUCAGCGGGAUUCGAUUCUUCGCUGCCUCGCCAUGGGAUCUUCAAUUUUUGAAUGAUUGUGGGUCCCGGCCGGCUUCGUCUAUAGAUGCUUCCCUUUUGUCUUUCUCCAGAAUGAUUCGUGCUUCUCAAAUUCUAUUGGCACAUAAUAUAGUUAACUAGAAGGUUUGAGGAGCUGCAUCAAACUCUUCUAUCAGGUAACUACAUUUGUUUUACCAAAGCAUGGAAUGGUGAUUUCAUUUUUCAGGUAAUGGGGUUUCACUUCAUAUUGAAAAGAGGGCCAUUAAAUGUUUUCUCUAUGUGCUAGAGGUGGAGCAUGAUCUUUUCUAGAUAUUUUCUGGUUACAACACAGCUGUCUUUGAUUCUAAUUUCAUAAUGUUUCUUUAACUAAAUUGUGAUUUUCUUCCAAAAUUGAACACUCGCUGCUUUGUCGUCCACAUGAGACCCGAGGGCCCGACUACAGAACGAUCUCCGCUUCGUCCAUUGGCUCCCUUAUUGAUUGAGCUUCGUCUACGUGAUAGUCAUUUCAAUUUCUUCGGCGUCAUCUUCGUACAAAGCACACUUUUGAUGCCUAUGCUGCUGAGAGCUGCUAUCUAUGUCGCCAUAUUCUCUUUAGGCAAGUUAUCUUAGCAAGCUCUGCCUCAUCAAGCUUAGAUGGACUAUCUGCUUUGGGUUCCUUCAAAGCAUAAUCAUUGAUAUGGGCCUCACAUCAUUUCGAGUCGCUGUAUAUUCAUCCUUAGGAAGUUUGAACCAACGUCUUUCUCCUCGGCGGCGAAAGCAUACUUCAAGAGUUCACGUAGAGGGAUUUAUGUCAUUGUCGGGGGCACUUGUUUCAGUGUAAUCUUCUGAAUGGCUUGAACUGGUACUUAUGUGAAAUUGGAUUUUCACCUCUGUAUUUGCUUAA